AUUUCUAUUUAAUAAAUUACAAUUAUGGGUGGUUCUCACAAAAAGAAAUUACGUGCCGAAAAGGCAAAAGUAAAGCUAAAAGGUGCUAAAUUGCCAAAAGGUCUUAAUGUUACUAAAACGGAAUUUAAAGUGCGUAAAAUUACAAUUCGUGAACAACUUAAAGAAAGCCAGUAUGCCGAUGGUCUAAAACAAGUAAAUCUUAAGGAGACCUUGUCGAAACUUAGGCAUCACAGUUCAAGUUUUCGCAUUGAAUCACUGAGAAAUAUAAGAGAUGCCAUUAGUCUGAACCAUCCCGGGUUAUUGUCAUCCCUAAACGAUGUUAUACAAGGAGUAUCAGCUAUUUCACUCGAUGUGGAGCGAGAUGCUAGACGGGAAUCUUUUAAAACACUAAGUAGCUUGAUGGGUCAUUUAUCAGUUGAAGCCGUAGCUCCAUUUUUUCAUAUAAUUUCAUCGUAUCUACGUUGCGCUAUGACACAUAUACAGCCGAAUAUACAAGAGGACGCUCUGAUGAUGUUGGAUGUAUUACUUCAGCAUGUACCCCAUUUGGUGGCCGUUCAUAGUGCUAAAAUUUUUCAAAAUUUCUUGGAAAUGAUAUCAAGAGUUAGAGCAGAUGGUGACAAAGCCGGACGUAUGUUAACGGUGAAUAUGGGCCAAAGACAGACUACAAUUAAAUGGCGCUCCAAGGUUUUGUUGCGUUUGCAACAAAUGCUGCAAACUUUGGCAGAACACAAACGAAGUAUGCGCGAAGAUGCUUCAAAGGCCAGUAACAAUAAUAGUAAAUUUGUUACAUUUAGCACAAAAACCGAACAGCACUAUGGUGUCAAGAGAGUUUUUGCACCAAAUCAAAUGUGUGAUCUAUCAUCAAUAUUUAAUCGUUCUUUGGGUAGUUCUACAUUAUCUGGUGAAAUUAGCAACAGCGAUGAAUCGGGUCAACUACGUUCAUACGUGGAACAUUUAAUGCCUUUGCUUUUAGAGUCGUGGUUGGAAGUGAGACCGCAACAUGUUUCUGGUUCAGGCACUAUCGAAACAUUGCUUACACUUGAUGCAGCCAUAACUUUAAAAAUUGUUUUGGAAAUUAUUGAGAAUUUAUGGUCACUAAUAGAAAUAUAUGAACAACAAGUAAACAAUCACGAUUUAAGUAUAUGGUUUAAAGAUCAAUAUGCCGAUGUUUUUGCAGCCAACUUUUUGCAAGAUUCCUAUCCUUAUCAACAAAUGAUAUUUGAAGAAAACGAUGGUAUUGCAAAAAGAAAACAUAAGAAAUCCUCUACAGAUAUGUCGCCUCAUUGUUUUCAACAAAACGUAACAAUAGCAUAUUUAAUGUGCCGUUUCUAUUCAAAUAAUUUAAAUGAACAAUCUACGAGAUUCAUUGCUGUCUUAAAAUAUCUUACAAAAAUUGUAAAUUCCAUAUCUAGCAACAAUUCUAAUGACUACCUACGAUCACUGGUUUUGGCUUUACGGGCACUCUUAUUAGAAAAUGGCUUAACGCUUUUAGAACUUCAUAAGGAUGAAACAAAAAUUUUGCUAAGGUACAGCAUUAAAGCCUUUUUAAGUAACAAAUUUAGCGAAUUGGGUAUAGCAUCCAAAAUUCUUAUAUUAUUAUGUGAAAUUGUGCAAGAUUCUAAACUCUGCCUUGCAUAUGGUAAUGAGGAAUUUUGUGAAUUUCUAGAAUAUUUACCAAAUCUUUUAUUAAAGCCCACAAUAAGUGAAUCAUGUCUUGUGGCAAUGGGUAAAUUGGGCAAACAGCAGAAUGCUGUAUUUUUAAAUGCUUUAAGAAAUAUUUUGUCUAAAGUUGUGGAUCAUCUGCAGACAAUUCAGGUAGCGGGAGCCAUUAAUGUAUUCGAGGGGAAGAAGCAUAUUAUUAAUUUAUUUUAUUGGCUCAGCCCUCAAACGAGCAUUAGUAAGGAAAAUUUGGAGAAACUAUUAAGUGAUGUGGAGACGAAUGUUACUGACAAAAGAAUAGCUGGUUACUGCCAAUAUAUAUUAACUGCUGCAUAAACAUUUUUACAAUAUUUUUUAUUGUAGGUAUUUUAUAUUAAUAAAAAUUAUAAUUACAUACUGUAAAACUAAAA